AAUAAUUAUUGAAAGAAAAAAAAAAGAGAGAGAGGAAGAAGAUGGGAACAUAGAGGAGAUCGCCAAAGAUCCAACCAUUCAAUUCCAAAACAUGGCGGCUUAUAGCAAUGAAGAAGGCAUAACAGUUACUACACGUACCCUUCUCUCUCUCUCUCUCUGUAACGUACGUGUCCUCUCAAAUCGGGUCGGGUCCUAUCUUCAAUGCGAAUACGUUCCUCAUUCUUCUCUAUCUUCCUCCGUUCCUCCUCUUCUUCUCGUUUCUCCUCCUCUCUCUCCUCCGCUAUGUCUCCAGGCGCUAAUGGUGAUCUGAUGAAAUCUAGGGUUACGGUCGUGGGCAGUGGCAAUUGGGGAAGCGUUGCUGCUAAGCUCAUCGCUUCUAAUGCCCUCAAGCUUCCUUCUUUCCAUGAUGAAGUUAGGAUGUGGGUGUUUGAGGAAGUUCUCCCAAAUGGUGAGAAGCUCACUGAUGUAAUCAACAAGACCAAUGAAAAUGUCAAGUAUCUCCCUGGGAUUAAGUUAGGAAGAAAUGUUGUUGCAGAUCCUGACCUUGAAAACGCAGUGAAGGAAGCAAACAUGUUGGUUUUUGUUACACCGCAUCAAUUCAUGGGUGGUAUAUGCAAGAAGCUUAAGGGUAAAGUAACAGGAGAGGUUGAGGCUAUAUCUCUUGUUAAAGGGAUGGAAGUCAAGAAGGAAGGUCCCUGCAUGAUCUCUACUCUCAUCUCCAAGGAACUUGGUAUCAACUGUUGUGUUCUUAUGGGCGCUAACAUCGCCAACGAGAUUGCUGUGGAGAAGUUUAGCGAAGCAACGGUUGGAUACAGAGAGAGUAAAGAAAUAGCUGACACUUGGGUUCAGUUGUUUAGUACUCCCUAUUUUAUGGUCACACCGGUUCAUGAUGUUGAAGGAGUAGAGUUGUGUGGGACCUUGAAGAAUGUUGUGGCUAUUGCAGCGGGUUUCGUUGAUGGUUUGGAUAUGGGUAAUAACACAAAGGCUGCAAUCAUGAGGAUUGGUUUAAGAGAGAUGAGAGCACUCUCGAAGCUUCUGUUUCCAUCUGUUAAAGACAGUACUUUCUUCGAGAGCUGUGGUGUAGCAGAUGUCAUAACAACUUGCUUAGGAGGAAGAAACAGAAGAGUAGCAGAAGCAUUUGCCCAAAGUGGAGGAAAAAGGUCUUUUGAUGAGCUUGAAGCAGAGAUGCUACAAGGGCAAAAGCUACAGGGUGUUUCCACGGCAAGAGAGGUCUACGAGGUCUUGAACCACUGUGGAUGGAUGGAGAUGUUUCCGCUGUUUUCAACGGUUCACCAAAUCUGCACAGAUCGUCUUAAACCUGAAGCCAUUGUUCAUUACCGUGACCACAAAGCCUGAUCACUCUUGAUGGGGAUCAAGUAGCAGGGCUCGUCCCUAGAAGAGAGGAUCCGGCACAAUGUUGACUAGCUAACCAACAUGCAGCAGCAAGUUAAGAAACUCCACAUCCACAUGCGCAUGCACACUAAUAAAGUUAUUGGUUUCUCUAUAUAAACUUUUGGCUUUUAAUAUUUGAGCGUUAAACUAGUUUUAGAAUAUUUAGUUCCAGAAUCCUACAAAUAGGAUCAAAGGUUUUUUUUUUUUGAAGUUAAGAGUUUGAUUGUAGUGAAAUCUUCAUUUUGAGUUAUGUUAUUUGUCGUAGGAGUGAAGCAUUGUAAAUAAUUUGACAAUUAAUCAUAGCCGUCACCAUGUCAA